ACCCGAAUAUUUCUUUUUAAAUGGAAGUCGAGCCGUCGUUACGUUUUCCUUUAGAUGGUUCUAUGCAAAUCAUAUUUACUGGAUACUACAAUGGCUUUGGUGUUGAAGUUAGAUCUGUUGAUGAGAUGAACUUGCUGUACAAUAUGGGAUGUUUUGGCAAAGGCACUUCCUCUCGAUCUAAGCCAAGGGAAUCACAGAAUGUUCCUGCUGUGAUGAGAAAAAGACAGUUCCUUAAAAGAAUGUGUUGGUGCAAAAAGUAUGGUGACUCUAAAAAAUCUUUAAAGUCUGAUACAUUUCUUAAAGAUGUAAAUAAACUAGCUGCUAAAAUAUUAAGUGAUGGUGAAAAACAGUUAAAGAAAGAUGUAAUAGACCUGGUUUCCAGUGAAGAAAGCGGAGAAGAAGAUGACAAUUGUGAUAUGUUUAGCUUGGAAAAUUACAACAAAGAGGAUUUAGUUGUAAUAAUACCUAAUAGUGAUUCAGAAGAUGAUGAUUAUUUUGCAAAUCUUAAACCGAAGUGUUGUGUUAAUAAAAUAAAAAUCCAAGAGAAGCUUAUGUUAUCAAAACAAGAGAGUUUUUUCUUACUGUACGGACUUGGUUGUUUGCAAAUUUUAAAUAACUAUGAUAAUGUUUUGAAUAUAGAACAGUGCUGGAAACUGUUUCAAGAGGAUGAUAAAUAUUUUUUAGAGAAAUAUGUUGUUUAUCAUUACUUUAGAUCUAAAGGCUAUGUUGUAAAGCCCGGUAUCAAGUUUGGGGGCGAUUUUUUAUUAUAUAAGGAAGGCCCAAGUGUAAAUCAUGCUGAUUUCAUUGUUCUAAUAAAAUAUGCUGGUGAGGAAUAUGACUGGAUUUCAAUAUUUGGACACCUUAGGGUAGCAUCAACUACAGUAAAGGAAAUAUUAAUUGUAGAAGUAAUUCAACCUAACAAAGAAGAACUACAGCUGCCAAAAGACUUAAAAGAAUAUAGUGUAAGAGAAGUAUUAUUGUCAAGAAACAAUCCAGUUGCUAUAAAUGAUGAAAUUGAAUAAUUUUGUAUUUGUUUGAUUUAAAUUACACUUAAACAUUA